CUUAGAUCUAGAAGCAUAUUGGGUUGGGUCAUCAAACAAAUGACGGAAGGGCAGACGUCUAGGGUUUUUCAAUCAUCUAUAUAUACCAAACCCACUCUUUUUUCCCCUUCAUUUUCUAGGGUUUCUGUAUUCUGCCGCUUUCGCCAUGGGGAGAAGACCUGCAAGGUGUUACCGCCAGAUCAAGAACAAACCGUACCCGAAAUCACGAUACUGUCGUGGUGUGCCUGAUCCCAAGAUCAGGAUCUAUGAUGUGGGAAUGAAGAAGAAAGGUGUUGAUGAAUUCCCUUUCUGUGUUCAUCUAGUGUCAUGGGAGAAAGAAAAUGUCUCAAGUGAAGCGCUUGAGGCUGCACGAAUUGCUUGCAACAAAUAUAUGGCGAAGUUUGCUGGGAAGGAUGCUUUCCAUUUGCGUGUCCGUGUUCACCCAUUCCAUGUCUUGCGUAUCAACAAGAUGCUUUCAUGUGCUGGAGCUGAUAGGCUCCAAACUGGUAUGAGGGGUGCUUUUGGCAAACCCCAGGGCACUUGUGCUAGAGUUGCUAUUGGACAAGUCCUUCUGUCUGUUCGUUGCAAGGACAGCAACAGUCAUCAUGCUCAGGAGGCUCUCCGUCGUGCUAAGUUUAAGUUCCCUGGUCGCCAAAAGAUCAUUGUCAGCAGGAAGUGGGGCUUUACUAAGUUCAACCGCACUGAUUAUUUGAAGUACAAAUCAGAUAACCGUAUUUUGCCCGAUGGUGUCAAUGCUAAGCUUCUUGGAUGUCAUGGACCGUUGGCAAAUCGUCAACCAGGACAAGCAUUUUUGGAUACAGCUACAACAGCUUAGGAAUGGUUGAUUGUCCAAGAAGAUGAUAGAAUUUAGCCAAUGUGUUGGAAGUACCCAUGAUGUUAUCUUCAUUCUGUUUUAAUAUCAAAUACUGGGAGUUAUUUUGCUUUGGAAGUUUAUGUAAGAUCUUUCUUAAUUUUGUUUCUGUUUUGCAAUUGAUGUUUCUUUAAUAUUUAGAACAAGUUUAUUCUGUGCUGCAAUUUAACACCUGUUUUUAUAA